AUGGACAAGCUAAGGAAGGUGAUCUCAUGCAUUGUGCAAGGCGAAACGGAACCCCUAUGCGAGUAUUGGGAGCGGUUUCGCAAACUUCUUGAUGCGUGCCCCAACCACAUGAUUGACACUCAAGUGUUGCUCGGCUACAUAUGCCAAGGGAUGCGAGAACAAGAGAAGACUCUUUUGGAUUCCUCUAGCAAUGGUUCUUUGUCUAAAUAUAAGACGGCGGAGGAAGCAUGGCAACUCAUUGGCGACUUAGCCGAGUCCAACCAACAUGUUAGACGGAGAGUCAAUCGCCCAAAAACUGUGAAUGAAGUAUUCUCUAGUAGCGAGACCACCGCUCUUGCCAAAUCCUUGGGCGAGAUGACAAACAUCCUAAAGCAACUCCAAUUGGGUCAACAACAACCUUAUCAACAACAACCUCAUCAACAACAACCUCCACCACCCCCUCAACAAUAUAGUCAACAAUUGGUCCCCCAAAAAGUGUGUGGCAUUUGUUCUUGCUAUUCCCACUACACGGACGAGUGCCCAAGUCUUCAAGAAGAUAACACCUUGGGGGCUACCCACAACUUUUAUGACCGCCCGAAUCAAGGGUACUACCAACAAGGCGGCAAUUUCAAUCAAGGCUCUUCUUGCACGCAUGGACCCCCCUCUACUUCCGCUCCUCAAGCCCCAAAUUCUAGUGCCAUUCCCUCUCAACCUCAACCUAAUCCCAAAGGUGGCAUUAAUGCCAUUACCUUGAGAUCUGGGACUCAAUUGAAAGAGAAUAAGGUAAAGGACCCAAGUUCGAUCAUAAUUACUCAAGAAGAGGAGGAAAUCGAGAUAGAAGAAAUAGAAGAGGAGGAGGAAGCACAAGUCAUAGUUGAGGAGGAAGAGACUCAACCAACAAGUGAGGUCCCCAAGAAUAAGGGAGCCGUGGAAGAAGAAAUUGCUCAACCAAUCACAUUUCCUACACUUGCAAAGAAAGCUAGGAAGCGUAUGGAACUUGACCCCAAAAUGGUAGAGAUGUUCAAGAAAGUUAAGGUAACUAUCCCCCUUUUUAAUGCUAUCCAUCAAGUACCUAAAUGUGCAAAAUUUCUUAAGGAUUUAUGUAUGAACAAGUAUAGAAUUCUUGAGUUAGAGACUAUCCCACUGGGGAGUUCUAUUUCCGCUUUAAUGGGAGCAUUACCUGAGAAGUGUGAUGAUCCGGGCCCGUGCAUGGUCACUUGUACCGUAGAUGGGGUUCACUUUAUAGAUUGUAUGUGUGAUCUUGGUGCAUGUGUUAGCAUUAUGCCUCUUUCUGUCUACCGUAUAUUGAGGCUACCACCAUUGAAGAGGUCAACGGCAAGAUCUGUUUUGGCGGACAAAAGCAUAAUAACCGUGAUGGGUGUUGCGGAAGAUGUAUUGGUGAAUAUAAAAAGGUUGGUGUUUCCAAUUGAUUUUUACAUUCUUGAGAUGCCAUCAAGCGAGUCCGAGAGGGCAUCAUCUAUCCUACUUGGGAGACCAUUUUUGAGGACCUCUAGAUUCAAGUUAGAUGCCUACUUGGGAACCUACUCGUUUGAAAUAGAUGGGAGAGUCGUGAGUUUUAGCCUAGAAGAAGCAAUGAAACACCCACUGGAUAAUCAUUCUCUAUUCCGGUGUGACCCAAUUGACAACAUUGUGGCCGAAGUGCAUCUUGUAAAGUUAGAUGAGAAGCAUAUGAUUGAAGACACAAGUGACAAUCCAAGGGAAGCGAACGCAUUACCCCAUCCGGAUCAUCCGGAAGUUUAA